UCUCUUGGGGAUGUCAAAGGUUCGUGGUUUUCUCCUUCUCUCAUUCGCAGUUACUAGGGUAGUAGUGAAUAGCGUAGAGGAAAUGGAAGAGCAGCAGUCCCAGCAGCUGGACGAGCUCUUAAUUCCGCCACUAAACUUUGCAGUGGUGGACAGAGGCAUCUACAGGUCGGGAUAUCCCAAUAUCACGAAUCUUCCCUUUCUGGGCAAGCGCAGGCUCAAAUCAAUCAUUUGCCUCUGUCCGGAGCUCUAUCCGGACUACAUCCUCGAGUUCCUCGGCAAGAACGAGAUCACUCUUUUCCACCUCGGCAUUGAUGGAAACAAGGAGCCGUUUGUGGACAUCCCCGAGGAUGUGAUUCGCCUGGCGCUCAAGAAUUUGUUGGAUCCUGGCAAUCAUCCUGUCCUGAUCCAUUGCAACAAAGGCAAGCACCGCACAGGAUGUUUGGUUGGUUGCCUUCGAAAGCUCCAGCGCUGGUCGCUCACGGCCAUCUUUGACGAGUACCGGAGGUUCGCGGGCACCAAGGUGAGGAUGCUAGAUCAACAGUUUAUGGAGCUCUUCGACGUCUCCAGCUUCCGGGGAUUAACCAGAUAAACUCUCCCCCUCUUUUGCCUGUGGGUUUGCGAUUUUGGAGAGACAGUCGCAACCUUCGCGACAUUGUUGUCCUUUAUCUCGUAGUUAGAAAAUAAAUUACUAAUUAUUCUUUCUUUUUUUUU